CUCAUAUAUAUCUUGGUAAUGAAAACAACAAUAUCCCAAACCGAUUACUUCGAAGUAGGAAGAUUUCCGCAGUGAGCAAAUUUGGUGCAAUAUAUUAUGUGAAACAUUUACAGCGAUUGACGCCGUUAAAAUACUUAAUUCUGCGAAAUAUUGAUAAGCGAAACAGGGAUAAUAUUGCAAUGGCGAGUUCUGCCCCGUUGGUAAUGCGCUUGGUCGGAAGUUCGAUCAAGAUUGCACAUCGAGCUGGUAAUAUUAUUCGUGAUGUGAUGCGUCGCGGUGAUUUGGGAAUCGUCGAAAAAGGAAAAGAUGAUCUUCAAACCGAAGCGGACCGUUCAGCGCAACGCUGUAUCGUAGCAUCGCUGUCCAAGCUCUUCCCUAAUGCUACCAUUAUUGGCGAAGAAGGCCCAAGUGAUCUGAAUGUACCGGAAGAUUGGCUGAUAACAGAAAGCAAUAUCGAUUUUUUGGAAAAGCAUAAAUGUCCUGAUGCGUUCGUCAACUUAAAGGAGUCGGAUGUGGUGAUUUGGGUGGAUCCACUGGACGGAACAAGCGAAUAUACGCAAGGAUUUCUUGAACGCGUUACUGUGCUGAUCGGUAUCGCAGUCAACGAACGAGCUGUUGGCGGCAUCAUACAUCAACCUUACUAUGAACACGAUACUGGAGAUAUCGGACGUACUAUCUGGGGGUUGCAUGGAUGCGGUACGGGUGGGAUUCUGCCCGUGGAACCUCCUUCGGAUCGAUUUUUAGUCACCACUACGCGUUCCCAUUCCAACAGCAUUGUGCAGUCCGCUUUGGAUGCCAUAGCACCAGAUGAAGUAUUACGCGUGGGUGGUGCAGGUUACAAGGUGCUACAGCUGCUUGAAGGUAAAGCACAUGCAUACGUUUUUGCGAGUGCAGGGUGUAAAAAGUGGGACACCUGCGCCCCGGAAGCCGUUCUAGAGGCCAACGGUGGGACACUUACAGAUAUGCUGGGACGUCACUACCAAUAUGGAAAGGAUGUAAGCUUCCCAAACAGCAGUGGAGUUUUGGGUACCGUUGCUGGUGUGUCACAUGAUGAUAUUCUCGCCAAAAUACCCGAUAACGUAAAACAGGCUAUGAGUAUGUACUAGAAUAUGCGUACAUGUUUAGUUUUAUUCGUUAGUGACAUUCCAUGUAAUAAAAGAAUAAAACUAAAUCUAGUCAUAUUAUAUGUCCAUUACCAUAAAUCACACGUAAACAAUAAAAAACAGCUGGUCUUAGGAUCAAACCUCAGAA